UAACUUCAGUUGACACAAAGCCUGCGCACGCGCCGCUCGCUCGCAUUCCUUCACGCGACCGUUAACCCAAUAAUUAUUUAAAGAAAACAAUCAAGCCACUCCACAACACAGUGUAAUAAAACUGUUUCACACGAACAAUAACUUUUACGACCAAUUAAAAGUGCUAAAGUUACAAAUCAAGAACUUAAACCAAAUUGGCUAAUGCAGUGAAAUUAAAGGCCAAACAACUUAGACAGAUUUGGUCACAACUCUUGUGGGUUCUAAUACCAUUGUGUGCAAUCGUGACUUAUUGUUUUCAAACAACAUUUCCCAAUGUGCGCGUAGUGUAUUAAACGGCGGAUAGGAUUCAGAGGACAAAAAUGGAAGACGUGUAUUCUAUUAAAGUGAAAACUAAGCCUGAUAUGAGAAAUGUUUAUCCUUCUGAGCGAAGGUAUUCAGCGUCGACUGUCUCCGGGCUAGCCUGGGUGCACAUAGCCUUGGCUGCGACCUCGUUCCUUCUGGCCUGCCUGGCUCUCGUCAACCCUAACAACCAAGAGAUCAAACUCACUCUCGAAGAUUCCAAACCUCUGGACACAAACCAGUUUCUAAACGCAACCGAGGAAACGACAACGGAAUACAUCAGUGAAGACAAUGCCACGGAAAAGGUGAUUGAUAGUAUCAACAAAGAAACGUACGGGCAUAUUUUAGUUAUAGCGCCGAGUUUGCUAACUGUUUUCGCGCUAGCCGCCGGUCUAGCGGCUAUUAUGGCAUCGGUCCGGUGGUACAUCGACCGAAACAUUACCUGGCUAUUCAUCAUGUCAGUAUUAUCCACCAUUUUCUCUCUCGUAUCUUUCAUUAUGAUCGCGGCGUGGUUCGUGAACACCUCCGAAGGAACCGACGAUAUUACUGAGUUUUACAAAGACCAAGUGCCGUUUAAAGACGUUAUUUUGAUAAAGCACACAGAUGUUAUAGACAGGAACGAGUCCCAUAUAGUAAUAGCCAGGAAUGCCACUGAUAAGCCAGAGGUGACGUCGCACUUGUUCACCAAACGAGUUCUGUCUAUAAAUAUUCUUAUAGCUGCGUUCUUAGAGCUUCUAUGGUCGAUUUUAAGCGUGAAAAUAUCCUAUAAAGGCAUGCGAAGUCAGUACAAGGACGACGAUACAGAAAGAAGGGGAAAUUGCGUGUCUGUAGUAACGAAAAUCAAAGGGAACACUAAUCUAAGGAACGGGAAACUUUUACCCCCGAAACCGGAUUUGAUAGACCACUAUCCGAGUAAGAAAAUAAAAAGGAUAUUUUUAGCGAACGGCAGCAACGGUUUUUAUUUAAAACACCAAGGUGCCGGCGACAAAAACGCGAAACAAAACACGGAAACCAGUUCAGAAAUCUACAAAGAACGCAUGAUGAACUUUCUGAACCGAUGCGCCUCUCUCGAGGGAAUCUCUGAGCCAGAAAUAGCUGCCAGCGUCCAUUCGGACCCAGCACUCAACACCAUUCCAGAAGUCACUGUAACCAAUGUUGAAAUAAACACCAUGGAGAAUGCAGAAAUAAAUAACAGAAUGACACCAGUAAGCUGGGGGGAUUCCCCUGAUCACACGGUGUACAAUCAAAACAAUAUAAAUUUUGACAGGAUUUUCAAAUUUGGCGGCAAGAAAAUCCAAGAUGGCGCCGAGGCGAAGGAAAGCGAAAUACAGCCAAGUGAAGAUUGCAAUAAUGUGCAGAAUAAAUAAUGAUGCGUGCAGUGAUCUUGAUUGAAUAAGCAAUAACGCUUAGAAAGUGACUUCUAGUUGAAAAACUGAAAUUCCUACGUACCUAGUGAUGUAAAUACUCUAGCAGAUUCGACUUGGAUGCUUUGACUUUGAGAAUCUCAAUAAAUAAUGUGUAUCCUGCCAUUAGACUAACAUAUAAUUGUUUAGAACUUGAGUUUUUUUAUUCAGGAAAUUAUUAACCUAUCUUAGAUAUUUCGCAGCUGAGUUUGUGUAUUCUGUUUUAUCUUAAAGUUCAUUUAGUUAAAAUAGUAAUCAUCAGAUAUAAAAUUUAGAAGGCAUACGAGAGGAAGGUACCUAUGUAGAUUUCCUCAAGUAAGAAACUGCCCUGACUUCUGUACAUAAUACUAUGAUGGUAAUAAAUACAACAUUAUGUUAGUAAGUAAUUUGUAAAUUGAGAUUGAUAUAAAAUUAUGUCAGACGAGUAUUCUCUAAAUUUGAAAACAAUGUGAUAAUCAUAAUUCUAAGAUACCUAGGUAAGUUUACUGUAUUACCUACUUAAGAUUUUUGUACGUACCUAAUUCAUAAAUUAGACAUUAUUAUGUAGAUAUUAUGACUUUUUAUCUCAGUAAAGGAGACCCAGAUAA